AGCGCCCCGCGCCCGCCCCCGGGCUCCCCGCAGCUCCGCGCUUCCGCCCGCCCGCCGCCAUGGCGGUGAAGGGGCCCGCGGCCGGCGCCGGGGUGCUCCUGGUGACCGCCAACGUCGGGUCCCUCUUUGACGACCCUGAAAACUUACAGAAGAAUUGGCUUCGGGAAUUUUAUCAGGUUGUACAUGCACACAAGCCCCAUUUCAUGGCUUUACACUGCCAGGAAUUUGGAGGAAAAAACUAUGAAGCUUCCAUGUCUCAUGUGGACAAGUUCGUGAAAGAACUGUUAUCAAGUGAUGCAAUGAAAGACUACAACAGAGCUCGAGUUUACCUGGAUGAGAACUAUAAAUCACAGGAACAUUUCACGGCUCUGGGAAGUUUCUACUUUCUUCAUGAAUCUUUGAAAAACAUCUACCAGUUUGAUUUUAAAGCUAAGAAGUAUAAAAAAGUUACUGGGAAAGAAAUCUACUCGGACACCUUGGAAAGCACGCCGAUGCUGGAGAAAGAGAAGUUCCCGCAGGAUUAUUUCCCUGAGUGCAAGUGGUCCAGAAAAGGUUUCAUUCGAACAAGGUGGUGUAUUACUGAUUGUGCCUUUGACUUGGUAAACAUUCAUCUUUUCCAUGAUGCUUCCAAUUUAAUUGCUUGGGAAACAAGCCCAUCGGUUUACUCAGGAAUACGGCAUAAGGCUCUUGGCUAUGUACUUGAUAGAAUUAUAGAUCAGCGGUUUGAGAAAGUUUCAUAUUUUGUCUUUGGAGAUUUCAACUUCAGACUGGAUGCCAAAGCAGUCGUGGAGACACUCUGUGCGAAGGCCACAAUGCAGACGGUCCGGGCAGCUGACACAAAUGAAGUAGUCAAGCUAAUAUUUCGCGAAUCUGAUAAUGACCGAAAGGUUAUGCUACAAUUAGAAAAGAAGCUCUUUGACUACUUUAAUCAAGAUGUAUUUAGAGAUAACAAUGGCACUGCGCUUUUAGAAUUUGACAGAGAGCUGUCAGUCUUUAAAGACAGAUUGUAUGAACUGGACAUCUCGUUUCCUCCCAGUUACCCGUACAGCGAGGACUCCAGCCAGGGAAAGCAGUACAUGAACACGAGAUGUCCCGCCUGGUGCGACAGGAUCCUGAUGUCCCACUCGGCCAAGGAGCUCAUCCUGAAGUCAGAAAAUGAUGAGAAGAUAGUAAUAUAUGACCACAUUGGGCCAAAUGUCUGCAUGGGCGAUCACAAGCCUGUGUUCCUGUCCUUUCGAAUAGCGGCUGGGGCAGGUAAACCUAUUGCAAAUGUGCACAAGUGUUGUGUCGUGCAGUGAUGUGGUGGAAGAAGAUGCGUGCGGAAUGAGAAGAUUUUCCGUGAGCCCGCGCUGUAGCGAGGGAGGGGUCGCGCGGUGGCGCACACGCGGUGGCACGGCUGUGUCGCAGAUGGGUCCGGGCGCCGCGGCGCAGACCGCGGGUCGCCCCUGCCGCAGCGCGACCCUGCCCGACAGCUCACAUACCUCACGGCCCCGUGUCCCGCGACAUCCCUAGAAACGUGGAAUUAUUUUUAUAUCUACGCCACAGUUCUGUUGCCAAAACUCUAAACAGACAGCAGAGAUGUUAUGUAUUUUAGAUUUCACAGCGUUCCACUUUUAAUGAGUGUUUGUCCAUGUGGAAAAGCUAUUGCAGCAUAUUCUAAACUUCUAAAGGUGUCAUGCCUAACAUUAUAUAUCUUUACCACUCCAGGGUUUUGUACAUUGGAUUGUAUAGAUAGAGAUACUGAUGGUUUUAAACGGUAUUUUCUUUGUUGACCAAGGCUUAUGGUUUGUGUUUCAGUUUUAGUGUUUAGUUUUUCAUUUUUAUAAUUUUUUCUCAUGUUAUAUACUAUACUGCCAUGUUACAUGGUUUUGAAUCACACAGCAGCUGCUUUCUAUACAUACAUAUAUAUAUGUGUGUGUAUAUAUAUGUAUGUAUGUGUACAUAUACACAGAUAUAUAAAUAAUUUAUAAACCUGACCAAAAGUUAUGCUAAAUAUACUUUCCAAUAUGAAUGCUUGAGAGUGCCAUAUCAGCAGUUAGUGUUGAGUCUUAGCAGGUUUAGUUCAGUGUACAUCAACAACCAACCUUUAUAUAAUAAAUACUAUAUAGCAGUGCCAUCCUGGAUACAGAUAUAUAGCAUACUAUAUAGCACAUAUAUUAGCGGUUUCACUUUGUUACUCCUAUAAUCCCUUCUUUCUAUGUAAUAUUAAGGAUUGAAUGUGAAGUUCUUAGCUAGGUUUGGGUGUAACUUUCCAGAAUUUUGUAAACUGUUUUGUCCGUCUUUUGUUACUGUUCUAUGGUGCCAAGUAUUCUAUAUUGAAACUAUAACAACACGGGAGAAUAAAAUAAUAGUCUGCUUCAGGUAGCACCAGUAUUGGGCACAGACUGUAUUUGUACAGCGUUAAAGGAAAAAGGACUGUACAUUUUCCUGGUUAGUAGCUCAGUGCAGCCUACAAUAUAAUCUCGUUACAAACAUUUUUCUCCCGCCACUAAAUACAACAUUAAAAGCUGAUUAGGGAGUCUGUUGAUGAAACACAAAUGUAUGUUUUAUUGAUUUAAUUUAGAACACUACAGAGUUCAUGGACUGCGUGAUGGCAUUAGAUUGAUGCUUGAUUUUGAUAUAAAUCACUACCAUUUAAAAUUAUUCGAUGUCCGCUUGCAGAGUGUUUUCUCAGCAGCAGGGUCUGGUUUGUGCUCAGCCCUGCUGCCCGAGGGGCGUCCGCGGCUCCGCGGCGUUACCGUGCCGCGCUGUAACCGCACGGCAGUUCUGUGUAAGCGAACGCGACUCACAGUAACGUCCGAGGCCUUUACAAGUGAGUACUCCGGUUCUCAAGCAAUAAAACUGAUCGUGGUGAA